AUGGGAGGCACGAAAAGGCCAGGUGGGUGGCAAGGGAGGAGGGAAGACGACUGGGUGGCGAGGGAGAUGCAAAGACGGCUAGGUGGCGUGAUAGCACAAGGAAGACGGAGGAGAGGGGCUAGGUGGCAUGAUAGCACAAAGUCCAGGGCAGGGCAACUUGCACUGCCAACUCCCGACUGCUCUCUCAACCACACAAGCAUCCGGUCGUGCUCUCGCAAGCCCUGUCUCCAACGGCUGCCCAGCUUCAUUCGGCCCAACUCCGUAGUUGAGAAGCCCGACGUCUAUUCUUCUCGUGCCCGGCCAAUUCUCGUGCCCGGGUUAGGUGGAUAUCUACCACCCCCAAACACAUAUCCAUAA